AUGGACGACAUUCCCACCUCGCCGACGGCCUCCGAAUCGUCCAAAUCGACGGGCAUCUUUUCGAAAUCGCGAAAUGGAAGGAGGCAUAGAAAUUCAACAUCACAUUCAGUAAGGAGCGGCGCAAGUGACGUGUCGCAUGGUUUCCGCGCCUCGUUAGAGCAAGUGAUAGAUAAAAUCAAGAAAGAUUCGGAUUCCGAGGAGGAGAGCCAUGCGUCGAAUAGCCUCAAGAAAUUCGUGCCAAAAGGAUUCGAAAAGAAGAAGAAGCGACUGCAACGAGAGGAGGCAGAACAACGUUUGGCAGAAGAAGUGGCUCGCGGGAAAUAUAUUGCUGAGCGAGGGACUCUGGAGAAUGAUAUCAGAAAUCCCAUCAACAGAAACCCUUCUGGUGGAAGUAGUUUGUUAACAUAUGAUUCGGAAACGGAGUCGGCCGCCGAAACACCUCCACCAUUGACUACGCACCCUUCGCACACUGGAUAUCUUACUUCCUCGUCCCCACUCAUACAUACUUCGACAAUUCCACAAAUCGGACCCUUACUUUCUCACUCAGAAGGAGAGCCAUUCGCAGAUUCCACAGACAGUCUGGCUACGUCCGAGUCAGCUUCCAAGAGCCUUACCCAAAACCUUCGAGCUCCCAUCGACGGAUCUCAAAGGCGCUCAUCUUCACCAGUUGGCAGACUCAAAGACGUCUUCAAACCAAGACGCGGGUCAAGCACAAACACAAGUCCAGAACGCAAGACUGGAGGGGGCGGGGCUGAUCAAUCACUGAAUACAAAGGACGGUGGGGCUGAUUCCAGGCGGGGAAGUCUCAUAAAUGUGAAAGUUGGUUCAAUCUUUUCUGAUAAACAGUUCCCCCCCGGUAAGUCUCGAUCUACAACUUCAUCUCCUGAAAGGCCACAAAUCGAAAAGGGCAAACUCACUACCAUCGAUACAACCCCACGUCCUCAAACUCCACCAUCUGUGAACAGGCCGGCCCCUGUUAUUGUUAAUACACCUCCAACACCGACGGACACAAGAUCACCGCAAUUUACUUCUGUCACUAGCCUGGAGUCCCCUACCAGGUUCGCUGCAAAUGUUUUAGUUUCUCCUUCUGGAAAUAUGAUAUCACAUCGACGAAUUCGAUCAGGUUCUGCUUCAGGAGUCCCAAGUAAAUUAUCGAAUAUCCAAUCUGCGCCGCUGACACCCACACCAGAGAACGGAGCAAUCACACCAGGACAAAAUCAAUCGGGAUUUUUCUCCACGGUUUUCUCUGCAGCUCAGAACGCUGCAAAUACAUUGAGCAACAGUAUCACAAACACGUCGGUCCCAGGGGGGGCGAGAAGUAAGAGUGGUGCACACACAAUACCAGGUAUACAGGAGAUUGAGAGUCCGGAAGUCGAAGCAUUAGGAGAGAAGACAGAUACAGAAAAUCUUAUGGAAGAAAAGGAGCCAGCCGUCAAGACAUUGGGCAUGGGAGAUCUUAGUCUGAGCCAAUUCGGGAUUUCAGAAGAAGGAAAUACUCCAACAAUGCCGAAGUAUCCAGACGAGGUUCGCGGAAGGCCUGAUCCCGCUAGGGACGACCACUUUUUCGCGAAUCGUUCUGCCACUGCCCCAAAUAUGUUGACUGGAGAAAAUCUCGAAGCGGUCGCUACACCUCAACUUGAAGACUUACAUACUCUUGCACGUCCACGUUCUGUCUACGAACCAAGCGCGAAUGGAGAUCGAACUCCUCCAAAUGGAAGUGUAUUUGAAGGGAAAUCUGGUAUCCAACGUAGCGGCAGUAUCCGAAGCGGCGUUAAUCACAGGAAAAGGGGCAGCUCUGCAGCAACUGGUACAACAAUCGGAGCAGCAAUUGCUGCAGCUAAUUCAUCUAUCGGAAGCCCAGGUUCGGCGGCCCCCAAGAUCACAGGGUUUGCAGUGGCAAGCAAGAAGAGAAAUAAGGAUUUUCACGCGCUUUUCAGAAGCGUACCCGACGAUGACUAUCUUAUCGAAGAUUAUAGCUGCGCAUUGCAAAGAGAGAUUCUUGCCCAUGGUCGAUUAUACGUCUCCGAAGGUCACUUGUGCUUCAGUAGCAAUAUCUUUGGUUGGGUGACAACAUUGGUUAUGAGCUUCGACGAGAUUAUUUCAGUGGAAAAGAGAAGCACAGCACUGCUAUUCAAAAACGGCUUGAUGAUUUCAACAUUACAUGCGAAGAAUGUUUUCGCUAGUUUUACAAGUCGUGAUUCGACGUAUGAUCUCAUAGUCGGUAUUUGGAAGAUUGGCCACCCGAAUUUAAGAAGCUCGUUGAAUGGAGUUACCCUUGAAGGGACUGGCGGGGAUAAAACUGUGAAAGAUGAUGGCACCGUUCCUAUUUCUCGUCCAGGUAGUAUCUCACAGUCCUCGGAUGACAGCGAAGGUAGCGGGGAAGUCUACGAUGAAGAUGAAGACGAUGAAGACGGUAUGAGCUUCACGCAAGCCGAUGGUAGUGUCGUGGGUAGUGAAGCUGGUGAAAAGGUUGUCAGUAGAAAGGCGUCCGCUGCUGUUGUGACCAAUGGGGCUGGGGAAGGAGGUAAACAACCCAGUCCAACAGUCGCAGUAGACUUCCCUGGUCCAGCUACACAUGCCUCAACAACUUGUUCCGAUGGCGACACACAUUACGCGAAAAUACUCGCAGAUGAAGUCAUUCCAGCUCCUCUGGGAAAGGUUUAUAGUCUUAUGUUUGGACCCGCAUCUAUAACCUGGAUGCGAGAUUGGCUCACUAAUGAACAAAAAUGUCUCGAGCUCACUUACGAAGAGAACGCUAAAAUCCCCUUGUCCUUGGAGAACAAAGUUCGAAAUUACACCUAUAUCAAGCCUUUGAAUGGCGCGAUUGGUCCCAAGCAAACCAAAUGUGUCUCUACAGAGACUCUGGACGCCAUGGAUCUUGAGAAGGCAGUUUCUGUAACCGUAUCAACAGUGACUCCGGAUGUACCUAGCGGGAACGUUUUCAGCACCAAGACUAGGUAUUGUCUUUCAUGGUCAGAAGGCAAUGGUACUCGAUUGCAAGUCAAUUGUGCAAUUGAGUGGACGGGUAAGAGUUGGCUGAAAACUCCGAUUGAAAAGGGCGCGAAUGAUGGUCAAGUGCAAUACACGAAAGAUGUCAUAGCUGCACUCAAAGCGGCUGUCAGUACCAAACGCUCUGGGGCACCGGGCGCUCCUGGUAAAGGCAAAAAGAAAGGUCGCAGAAGCUCGCGGGCAAACAAUCUUAGCAAAGUUACCGAUGGCGCUUCUGAGGCUAAACCAGAAGCAACUAACUGGGGUCUCUUUGAGCCCAUUCGUGGUAUAUUUGAGCCAAUUUUCGAUAUCAUAAAACCACUGAUGACAGGAAAUAUACUCUAUGGACUUCUCGUCGGACUUCUAGUAGCAAGUUGGUUCCGUUUCGGAUUGCCUAUUGGGGGUGGCGGGAAUAGAGAUAUAGGAAUGAGCUAUCUAGGUACUCCUGAGAGAAUCGCAGCAUAUGAAGAGAUUUGGAGAAGAGAGGAAAGUGAACUUUGGCUGUGGUUAGAGGAAAGGGCGGGAAUGGAUAGAUUACGAGAAGUGGGGAAAAUGCCCAUGGAGCGGUUGGAUAUAGAGGAUAGGUUGAGGAGUGAAAGGAUGGAUGAGAGAGAGGUAGAAGAUGCAAUUAGGAUUACGGAGGAAAAGUUAUUGGUUUUGAAAGAUGUGGUGGGCAAGAAGAGGGACAAGUCGAAGAGGGUACAAACUCAGGAGCAGGAGACUUCAGCUAGUGCGGCUUAG